AUCAUAGACAAAACAAAGAGACUCACAGAAGUGGAAGAGGAGGAACAGACGAUGCUGCUUCAGCUCUGAAACUUGCAGAAGAAAACAACAAUGAUGAACAAAGAGAAAGACCUGAAGCAAAUAGGUGCUGACACUGAAACUCACCUGAAACCACGGACGGUACAGGAAGCAGCAAGAUGUUGAGCAAAGCCCUGCAGCUGUGCUUAGGGCCUCCAUCAUGGACAAUGUGACACCUGGUGCCCUUCCAGGUGAGCCAGACUUGAAGGAAUACAAUUACCUGGCCUUGGUUCUAGGGGUGCCACUGAUCCUGGUAAUCAUCCUGGGGAAUGUGCUGGUGUGUCUGAGCGUGCUCACGGAGCGCUCUCUGAAAACCGCCACCAACUACUUCAUCAUCAGCCUGGCGGUGGCUGACCUGCUGCUGGCCGUGCUCGUGCUGCCGCUCUACGUCUAUUCAGAGUUCUUGGGGGGGAUCUGGACAUUGAGCACCUACAUCUGUGAUGCUCUGAUGACCAUGGACGUGAUGCUGUGCACUGCCUCCAUCCUAAACCUGUGUGCCAUCAGCGUAGACAGGUACAUCGCAGUGGUGGUCCCCCUGAAGUACAACAGGAACCAGUUCAGUGUUCGUCAGCUGGCUCUCAUCACAGCGACCUGGGUGCUGUCACUGGGUGUGGCCAGUCCUGUCAUCUUUGGUCUGAAUCAGGUGCCGGAUCGUGACCCGAGUGUGUGUAAAUUAGAGGACGAUCGCUUUGUGGUGUACUCGUCUGUUUGCUCCUUCUUUGUGCCUUGUCCUGUCAUGCUCUUCCUCUAUUACUGGAUGUUUAGAGGCCUGCGGCGUUGGAGUGGGCGGAGCCGCUCCCAAGCAGGCCGGGCUGGUCGGCAAGUCUUCUCUUUACAGCUCAGCUCAGCUCUACGGCGAGCUAAAGCCACGACAGCUGGCAGUCAAGAAAAAGUGGUAUAUACAGCGCCCCCCGGGCUCAGCCCCACGUCUCCCUCCACCGUGUCUAUGGCAACACCCUCAGUGACACCGGUAAUGGAGGAACACCAGGAUGGUAUAGCAGUGGUGGCAGACAGUGACCCAAUGACGACUCAAAUGGACAGCCUGUCGGAUGGUGACCCCACGGAUAGGAGGGAGGGUGGCAGCCGUCGAGAGAAUGGCCUGAAAGGCAGCGCUGCAAAAAAGAAGGGGAGGAGGCAGAGCAAGACCAGCAGGGUCAGCGGCCGUGAGCGCAAGGCAAUGAAGGUCCUGCCCGUGGUUGUAGGUGUGUUUCUGGCCUGCUGGACUCCGUUCUUUGUUGUCCAUGUCACCAAAGUUUUGUGCCAGUCAUGCAACAUUGGUCCCACACUCAUCUCCGUGGUAACUUGGCUUGGCUAUGUGAACAGCGCUGUCAACCCGAUUAUCUACACGGCCUUCAAUGCAGAGUUCAGGAACGUCUUUCACAAACUGCUCUGCUGUCAGACGUGAAAGCAGAUCAACAUCCAACAGGAAGAAGCCCCAGCGUGGAACUCAACUCGACUCAAACACUCUCAGACUUCUUAAGGUUUUAAUGUGUGCGUGCUCUUAUUUUAAAAGUUUGGAGAUGUUACAGCCCAGAGGCAUAAAACCUGCAAACAUGUUUCUGAUAUCUGACUGUUUCCGUGUUUAAAGUUUGCAGCUCAUAAGAAUUUACUUUGACUGUUUGUACAGUGUUUUUGUGACUGAAGCAGAGAGCUUCAUGUGGACCUGGAUGUUUCCGUCAGUUUUGUGGUGAAGCUCGUUGAGGACAGAUGGUGUUUGUAGUAUUCUGAUCUGUGGCAUGAAGGUGAUGAAAUGUAGCUGAGCAAACUUCUGUGUCAUUUGAACAAACACAAUAAAGAGAUUAA